AUGCCGUCUCAAGACCAGCUUAAAGAGAUUUUCAACCUCUAUGACGAGGAACUUGAUGGUAAGAUCGAUGGUACCCAAAUCGGAGACGUCGUUCGAGCUGCCGGACUGAAGCCAACCAACGCUAUGGUUGUGAAGGCUUCCGGACAGGAAUUCAAGCGUAAGGGUGAGAAGCGCAUUACGUUCGAGGAAUGGCUGCCGAUUUUCGAGCAAUUGUCGAAGGAAAAGGAACAAGGAACGUACGCUGACUUCGUUGAGGGACUUAAGGUCUUCGACAAGGAAGAGUGCGGCAAAAUCCUCGCAGCUGAGCUCAGACAUAUUCUCCUAGCCUUGGGAGAGCGACUCUCUGCCGACGAGGUUGACGAGAUUCUGAAAGGAGCCGAAGAUGCAGAAGGUCUGAUUAAAUACGAGGAUUUCAUCAAGAAAGUUCUGGCUGGUCCGUUCCCCGAUUCAGACUGA